UGAUUGAGAUAUAUUGGAAGCUUCAUCUGUGAUCCGCGAGCUGGCUUCAUAGCCUUCUCGCACCCCUUUUUCGUUGUUAUCAACGACAGUCUUGGUGGUGGCCCUUUGGGGUGUCUGGUGUCCGGUGCUCGUUGUUUCAACGACACCUCCACAGGAGUUAACUCUCCUUGUGGUUUUUUCUUCGGUGUGGCGAGGGUCAUUUUUCUACGGGUUAUUACUCCAUGUUCGGGAGUAAUGUCGUCCACAAAGGGACCGGAGCAUUGGGCCCAAACUUCGAUGCUUUCGACCGGGACAUUGCACCAACUCUCGAGCCGGCGCGAUAUCAUCGUGAAUAUUGUGAAGCAGACCUGAUGGCCAAUCUCGCACAAGGUAAGGUUGAGGGAGCUGACAUCAGUCUAGUGACGAGUCGACUGCACAGCUCGGCAAGUACCAAUACGAAAGCUCUUGUUCCUGAGCUGGUAAGACGGGAGAAAGUGAUUACAGACAGUACCAGUCUCCAGAAGGCUUGCGAGACUCAUCUGAAGGCGCUAGACCAUUACUCAGAUCCAAUCGUUGUUUCCCGCUGUCCAAGCCGAGUUGGCUCGGAUGGAGUUCAAGAUUACGGAGGAACUGACGAGGUUGAAGAAAGAGAACGAGACCUUGUGGUUAGAAAAAGGGGCAAAUUCCACCUCGACAAGUUUGGGUAGACAACUGGAUGAGUUCAUGAAACAGGUCGCUUCAAAUUCGCAUGAUGGGAAUCACACUUGUGCUUUCCGAAGUGCCAAGGAGAAUGUGGAGGAAGACUUACGGCACAAGGAACGGAGAAUUCGGGAAUUGGAAGAUGAGCUGAAAAUCGAGAAAGGCCGAAAUUCGGACCAAAAUCGCAAAGUUGAAGGCCUACAUGCUCAAUUGAGAGCUUCCGAAGUUGCUAGAAUGGCAACAGAGAACAAGCUCGGUGCUCUGCAGGAGCGGAUGAAAAAUCGACGUGGACGAUUCCAAGUCAACUCUCGGGACCAGCAAGAGCGAGAACGCCUAGAAUUGGAACUUGAUGGAGCCAGGAACCUAGCACUGAGCCUGGAAGCUCAGAAUGUCGAUUUAAAAGUUGCUAUUGAUCGCUCCUAUGCUUCUGGAUUAUCCCUAGUCCACCAGAAAACCGCCUGGGGAGAGGAGAGACUCGGUAUGAAGAGAGAGCUACGACUUCUCCGAGUUGCUCUGGAGAAGAAAACGGCAGAAGUCGCAAUAUGGACAAAUGCGAAGCAGCAAGUUGAUCGAAUACUGGCGGACGCUGAGAGCAUGCCACCGCCGCCUCCUCCACCUGCAUCCCCAGCAUCCCCAGCAUUGGUGGGCGUUGUCCACAUACGACCACGGGCGGACGCCGAGAGCAUGCCACCGCCGCCUCCUCCACCCACAUCCCCAGUAUUGGUGGACAUUGCUCACAUACGACCACCAGCACCCACUGUGACUGAUGCAGACCCUCCAAGCCCGCCAUUGGCUGGAUCCUCAACAGCCGGGACAUCUCCCUCACCGACAGUGUCUCUGAGUGCUGCCGCCUCACCGGUACCAGAUAGACGAUCUACACGAUCAACACGAUCUACGCUGGCUAUACCAUCUACACCGCCUACCUCGUUCACAGCGGCCAGUCCCGAGACUCCUCGAACCCCAAGUGCGAACACUACAGCACGUCGUCGGUCAAGUUCUGUCGCAUCUUCAUCCAGUCGAUCUUCCUCGGCCAACAGGAACACGAAUCGACAAAGAGGUGAAGGAUACACUUUCUUGGUCAGUGGAGAACUGGCGGAUGGCACUCGAGUUUCUGCAGACCAGGUCAACUCGGAAGUUGUGGACUGUAUGGAGGAAUUGAUCGAAAAGUGGAAGAAAAACAAGACAUCUUGGUCUGGAGUUUCCAAAAUCAGCCACAAGCGAUGUUCCUCUACCCGUGUUAUGCGAAAGGCCAAAAACAGGAAUCCCCCGGCGUCUGAGCAUCCAAAUGAGGCAUGUAGAGACUGCAUCAGUGGCAGAGUACUUUGUAUUUUGGUUGGUGAGAAUGGACCAGUGGUGGUACCUUUGCCCGAGUCACUAAGGGAUAUGACAGUGACCCCAUUGGACAAGGCAUUCUACUUGAAACCUUGGCCAAAAGUUUCGUAGACAGUGUCAUUGAAUAUGAGCGUUUGUGCGCAGUUUGGCACAACGAUGGAAGCCACGGGAUUGGUGGGAUGACCUGGCUGCUUGCAAUUGGAAAUGGGAUAUUGACGAGACCUGAAAUUGCUCUCAGAGGCAUGAUUAUGUAGAAAACAACAAAUA